GGUCCUUUCGUUGACACACACAGACAGAUAAGUGUUUCCCAGAGAGAAGAGAGAGAGAGAGAGACAAGUCUCAAUGGCGUCUGUAGCUUCUUCAACCACUCUCAUCUCCUCCUCCGCUAGUGUUCUCCCAGCCACCAAGUCUUCGCUUCUUCCAUCUCCCUCCCUCUCUUUCCUUCCAACCCUCUCCUCUCCUUCCCCAUCCGCUUCUCUCCGGCUCGCUCGUCCCUCUCCCCUCACCUCAAUCCGCUCCUCUUCUCGCCGGAGCUUCGCUGUCAAGGCCCAAACCGAUGAUCUUCCAUUGGUUGGAAACAAGGCGCCUGAUUUUGAGGCAGAGGCUGUGUUCGAUCAGGAGUUCAUCAAGGUCAAGCUCUCUGAGUACAUUGGGAAGAAGUAUGUGAUUCUCUUUUUCUACCCCUUGGACUUCACUUUCGUCUGCCCAACAGAGAUUACUGCCUUCAGUGACCGAUAUGCAGAAUUUGAGAAGCUGAACACAGAAGUGUUAGGUGUCUCUGUUGAUAGUGUGUUCUCCCACCUUGCUUGGGUUCAAACCGACAGAAAAUCUGGAGGACUUGGUGAUCUCAACUAUCCACUUAUAUCAGAUGUCACUAAAUCUAUCUCAAAAUCUUUUGGAGUGCUCAUCCAUGAUCAGGGAAUAGCGUUGAGAGGGCUUUUCAUAAUAGACAAGGAAGGAGUGAUCCAACAUUCAACCAUCAACAAUCUUGGUAUUGGCCGAAGUGUUGAUGAGACAAUGAGAACCCUUCAGGCAUUACAGUACAUCCAGGAGAACCCUGAUGAAGUCUGCCCUGCAGGAUGGAAACCAGGGGAGAAGUCAAUGAAACCUGACCCCAAGCUCAGCAAAGAGUAUUUCUCAGCUAUUUAGAAAUAUCUACAAAACCUUUGUUAUAUGUGAGCUGAGUUUUUAUUUUAAACGCUGAACAUUCCUUUGUUUGAAUCUCCACUUUGUCCCCCCAGAAUCCUUGAAACUUCAUUUUCCAUUAAUAAAAGUCUUGUUAUCUCCA